AUGGGUCUCUCAAAAACCCACAGGAUCUUGAUCCUGCUGGUGAUAGAUACUGCAUUUUUCUUGCUCGAGCUGAUCGCCGGUUACACUGUCCACUCCCUUGCCCUGGUUGCCGAUUCGUUUCACAUGCUCAAUGAUGUUAUAUCUCUACUCGUUGGAUUGUGGGCAGUCAAAGUUGCCAACCGCGAAACGACUUCCAAGAUGUACACCUACGGGUGGCAACGCGCAGAAACUCUCGGUGCCCUCGUCAAUGGCGUUUUCCUAGUCGCCUUGUGUUUAUCGAUUUUCUUGGAGGCCGUACAGCGAUUGUUUGAGCCUCAGGAGGUCAAGAAUCCCAAAUUUGUCUGCAUUGUCGGCUGUCUGGGACUGUUGUCCAACAUCAUAGGCCUGGCAUUGUUCCAUGACCAUUCGCAUGGUCAUGGUGGCCACGGUCACAGUCAUGGACAUGACGAGGAAAUCGAUGAUGUCAAUGCUGCAGAGCAGGGAUAUAGUUCCCAUGAUCACAGCCAUUCGGCUGCGGUUGACAAGCAGAAGGCUGCCGCAAAUAAUGAGGCCUCGCAGGCUGCCACCGUACCGUCAUCUCCCUAUUCUCGCAGACGCCGGACCCUUGACGGCCAGAACCUUAGCUCGCGCCGCUACAGUACCACCACGCGUGGAUUUGAUCCCGAGGAUAUACAGGUGCAUCCGGCGACCUUGAGACAGGAGAUUAUUGCGGCUAGUCGGACGCGCUUUGUGGACGACGAACAAUCCUCUGAAUCGGAGACUGUCUCGCGUGAGGGAAGUGAGAGAGGAGUUGAGCCAUCAGAACGGUCCUCCCUGCUCCCUAGGAAAGACGGAAGCCGACUCUACACCGACGAUGACCACGCUCCCUUCCCAACGGCCGAUCAUGGGGCCGAUGACGACAUUCACCAGUCUCACAACCAUGCCCAACCCAAGCCCAAAGAGAACCACUCACACGGUCACCACGACCUUAACAUGCGAGGUGUCUUCUUGCAUGUCAUGGGCGAUGCCCUGGGAAAUAUCGGCGUGAUUGUCUCGGCUCUGGUCAUUUGGUUGACCGAUUACGACUGGCGCUACUACGUGGAUCCCGGCAUUUCGCUGGUGAUCACUAUCAUCAUCCUCGCCUCUGCCAUUCCCCUCUGCAAAGCCGCUUCCCGCAUCCUUCUCCAGGCCGUUCCCCCCGGUAUGAGUAUCGACCACAUCAAGGAAGACAUCGAGCGGCUUCCUGGAGUGAUCGGCUCCCAUCACCUCCACGUGUGGCAAUUGAGUGACACCAAGAUUGUCGCUUCAAUUCACAUUCAGGUGGACACUGAGAUCAAGGGAGAGGGAUCGGAGAGAUACAUGCGCCUUGCACGACAAGUGAGAAAAUGCUUGCAUGCGUACGGUAUCCACUCUUCGACCAUCCAGCCCGAAUUCGCACCGGACAGUGAUGUUGAGGAUUCCACGGCGGCCCCGUCCUAUUCCCGCGGAAGCAGCAGUGACCCGUCGGCUCCCAAUCAUCCUUCUAACCGGCCCGCGAGCAUUCGCGAUGGCGAUCCCCAGGCCUGUCUGCUCGAAUGUGGCGACGAAUGCAAUCGGGGAGGUCAAUGCUGUCCCACGAACUCCACCUAA